CCCAGCGAGGGGAAAUGGACGAUCCGUGUGGAGGCAAUGUCACAAAUCCACGAUCACCACAUCAUCGUCGAACGCUUCUACUACCGAUUCUUUGACGUCAUUCCGUCAGCGCCGGCUUUUGUUUUGGACUCGGACGAGAGUUACACGGCCGCCGUCACCACUUCGUUCCAUCCGGGACGAGUGGCCAGCGGCAAUCUGACUCUUCAAGUCUACGCUCGCCCAGUCAAUUCUUCCUUGGCCGACUUCCGCUUCGUCAAACAAGAUUUCCAUCAAUGGACUUACGAUUUCACGUACAAUGUCCAAUUGGAGGAGGUCAAGAGGAGCGUCGGCGUCAGCAGUUUGACCGGCUGGGUCAUCCGCGUCGCCAUGACGUUGUACCAUCACUUUGAAGGCGAAUCGCGCGACGGUUUCAUCGAAACGCGCAUCAUCCGGGCCCAGCUGAAAUUCCGGUUCGGCGGUUCCAAAACGGCCGUCUUCAAGCCGGGAAUGCCGUACGAAGGGCACGUUUAUCGCAUGUACGACGAUGACGAGGCUGUUUCUCCGGAGAAACUGGCCGGAGCUACACUGACCAUCCGGCCAGUGGCAACCACGUCCAACGGCCAAUCGAAGACGCUACCGGAAAUCGUAGUGCCCCGUCAAGGCGAGUACCACCGAUCGUCAGAUGACCAUUUGAAUUAUUACGGAAACAAGUACGACGUCUGGAUGGAUCGACAAAUGGAAGACGCCGAGUACAAGACAUUCCGCCAAUUCGGCAUUCAUCAUUUUCGUUUUACAGUGCCAAAAGAUGCCACUUCGCUCAAGAUAACGGCCUACUACAAGGACGACGAAGGUGAUCAAGUCAGUGUUGACCAGCAGGCCGUAGCUUUUUAUUCCCUGGGCAAUUUUUUCGUUCACGUUUCCACUAGCACGGAUGAAGGUCUCCUCGGCCACUUUGCCACCAUCCACCUGAGGAGUAAUUUUGCUUUUUAAGACUACAGUUACGUCGUACGUAAUAAUAUAUAACUCAAUUUUUGUUCAAUUCGAA